CGCUCUCCACCUCGCGCACCAAUCAAAUCAUUCCAGAAUAAUUCUACCAGAGUGUACCUGAUGCGAGCGUUACUUCCACUCCCCUUUCUCAACUGUGCUUGUUUUCGAUAGUAACGUGAAACACGUCCGUUUAUUCCCUUGAAUAAAUUACCAUCAAAAGUGAGACGGAAUGGCUCGUACGAAGCAGACUGCUCGUAAAUCCACCGGAGGGAAAGCCCCCCGUAAGCAGCUCGCGACCAAAGCGGCGAGGAAGUCGGCGCCGUCCACCGGGGGCGUCAAGAAGCCCCAUCGUUACCGUCCCGGAACGGUCGCUCUCAGAGAAAUCAGGAGAUAUCAGAAGUCCACCGAGUUGCUUAUCAGAAAACUGCCUUUCCAGAGAUUGGUCAGAGAAAUCGCACAGGAUUUCAAAACCGAUUUGCGUUUCCAAUCUGCUGCCAUCGGAGCCCUCCAGGAAGCCAGCGAGGCAUACCUCGUCGGUCUGUUCGAAGACACAAACUUGUGCGCUAUCCACGCCAAGCGGGUGACCAUUAUGCCCAAAGACAUACAGUUGGCCCGCCGAAUUCGUGGAGAACGUGCAUAAAUCUCUUCGAAAUAUUUAUAUAAUCAGUGUAGGUUACAUUGUUCGUUUUUCUUUUCUUCCUUUGAUUAUAUUUCGUUUCUUCAUGUAGUUGUGUUUUUCAUUUGUUCAAAAAAAUCGGACGUCAAGACUAAGAUUUGGAGUUUUGACGUAGCGGUGAGUGUUUAAAAAAAUCAUACAGUAGCUGAAAAUUUCUAUCAGUUUUUAUCCAUUAUAUACUGCCCCUCGUGGAGAGGAUUCAUUUGACGGCUUUAGAUUUGACAUUUAAAUGUGUAGUUAUCGUAAUUAAUCAAUUAAAAAAGUGUUCAAAGUAUGUGGAUUAGUUUUGUUCGCAGUAAUGGAUAAAUGUUCAAUAGAAAGUAAGGUAUCUUAAGGUUUUGUCUUAAGUCUUAAGUUUUUUUAGUGUAAAAUGUAGGAAAUAUUUUAAUUUAAUAAAGGAUUUCUUGUAUUCA